GAGCAGAUCUGGACGUCCACGCGCAGGAUCUAAAGUCAACGGGGAAAUUCUUAGUACCAAGAUACAAUCAGGCUUAUUAGCAUCAAAUCAGAAGCAGCUGUAAGCAACGAGCUGAUGAGUGCCAUGACUUCCUGCGUUAACCUGAAUGUUUUGUUUUCCAGUGUCAGAGGUUCAUCCGAUGCUGAAGCUGUUGACAGUUUUUAUUAUGAAACGCUUCAGCAGCCGUCGAGGCGGUUGCUAUGACACUGUGCAGAUGUUCGUGGCCACCAGAGGUUGAACCCUUGUCAUUUUGCUGAUCAUCUGUUUUGUUCUCUUGAAUCACCUGCUGCUCACACUUUAAACCAUAGUGUUAACCUAAACAUUUUACUGCUGUAAUGUGAAAUAUUGGUAUUAUACAUUUUGGUUCCAGCUCCUAAAAUCUUUUAAAUGUUGCCUUCCUGGCUGAUCUGCCACGGUUUGACCCAGUCUGCAGGUGGAGACCUUCUCCUCAGCACCUCCGUGUGGUUGAUGUGAUUGUUCUCCUACCUGGACCUCUGUGGAGGGCAGGCGACCUGGGGUCCGGGUCUUGUUCCUGGUUCUCAGAGGAUGAACCCCAAUGACCUUGGUGAUGUCUACUGAUUUUCAGGGUUCACCACGCUUUCAGUCCCCAGAACCUCCAACAAUAAUGAAAAUGCAGUCACUGCUGCACAUCCCAGAGUGUUGUUCACUCAUAAUUAAGAACUAAUUCAGAUGAAAAGUUCAUUGAGUUUUCCCUAAGUCUGACUUGGGAGCGCUCCCGCGGCUUAAGGCCUCAGGGGAGAGGCAGCGUUGGCUCCAGUCUCUGGCCUCCGGCCCGAAACCAUUUGUCCGGCUGGUAUGUGCCCAUCCACCGUCCCAUGACGCACUGCUGCUCUAAAUAUAAACAUCCAAACUGGGUGUUCAGCUCCAAGGUCGCAUUAUGUCACCUCAAGCAGCACGCGCUCAGCACCGGGACCGAGCGCUUCAGGACGACCUGCCUCCAACGCGAGGAUCCGACUGGAGCCAACGCUGGAGGACACGCUUCUCAUAAAGCUCAAAAUCUGGGCCGCGACCUUGAACUGUGCUACUUGUUCGUCCUUUGCUCAGACCUCUGGCAGAAAUGGGCAGUGGAAUGAGCAAGAUCCUGCCUGAUCUUUAUCUUGGGAAUUUAAAAGAUGCUCGAGACAAGGAGCUUCUGGCUCAGCACAACAUCACCCACAUCCUGUCCAUCCACGACACAGCUGCACCCGUCCUGGAGGACAUCACGUACCUCUGCAUAUCUGCUUCUGACCACUCCAAGCAAAACCUGAGCCAGUUCUUCAGGGAAAGCAUCGCGUUCAUCCACGGCUGCCGCCUGAAGGGCGAGGGCUGCCUCGUCCACUGUGUGGCAGGAGUGUCGCGCAGCGUCACGCUGGUGGUGGCCUACAUCAUGACGGUGACGGGCCACGGCUGGGUGGACUCUCUGGCGGCGGUGAGGGCGUCCAGGCCGUGUGCGGGGCCCAACCUGGGCUUCCUACGGCAGCUGGAGGAGUUUGAACACACAGAGCUGCCCACGUACCGAGCCUGGUGGAGCGACAGGUACGGGAGGAGGUCCUUCAGCGACGCCGAGGACGUCGAGGCCCUUUUAGCUCGAAGCUCCGGUCCUGAACGCUCCACGAGGGGAACCUGAACGCACCGUCACUCAGCAGCUGCUGAUGCUGCAGACGGAGGCUCUCGUUAAGCAGCGUCUGCUCUCAUGUGAAAGGGGACUUUCUUUCAAGCCGAUAUCACGAGUCCCUUUCGUCAUGUCAUGUCCUUCUCUAACUGUCAAAACAACACGCACGGGCGGCCAAGCGCGACGGCGCGGCACGAACACGCUGUCCACAGCCAGAGCUCUCAGCUCCCGCUUUGGCCUCGGACCCACAGCUGGAGGCCUCCACUGAAGCAGCAUCACACUUAUCUCCAUGUUUAUUGCAGGAUUUUUGCUAAAGCGUGUUUGUCAAUUCAUGCAACAUUGAAACAUGAGGUGGAAAGUAACUUUUAUUUCAUGCUUUUACCAUUUUCUGCUACUUUAUAAAUUCUCCUCUGAAUCUGAUUAUUAUUAUUAAACCUCAAAGACACAAUCUGUUAA